UCGGCGGGUUUUGCGUACUUUCUUCCGUGUGUGUGUUUCCGGUCGGUUUCCGGAUUUGAGUCUUUCGAUCGUCUGCACCAUGUUGACAGCACAGACAACACGACGGGUCGAUGGCAGGAUCAGGCCGAGAGUGACUGCAGUGAUGGCGAUCUGCAUGGGUGGAGUUCUACUCUUUUCUGCCGGACAGGUUGUUGCAGACAAAUUUCGUGAAGGGCUUCAGGGUCGCAAACUGCAAUCUGGCAGCGCAGAUAACGCCCAGACUGGGCCGCAAAUUAAUGAUAAUACUGCGACAUGUGUGCUGACAUCUGGGGCCGCCGUUGAAGCUGCGGAACAAAAAGCUACCGCACUGGUAUUGUCCAAACAGGGACCCACCGCAAAAUUAGUGUGUUCUGGUGACGGCAAUGCUGCGGCGCCACGAAACUUAGAAAAAGUGUGUGAACCUAGCGAAAGUGGCAGUGGGGAGAACUGCAAGCUCGGAGAAGACUCUGAAUCCACUAAAGCGAACGAGGUUACACUGCAAACUCUACUCCGAGUAAACAACGCUGUGCAGUGGAAAAAAGUACAACCAGCAACCGAACGUGUCGCUAAUGGUGAGGCGUGGACCCUGACAUUAACGGAGGCGGAUUUUCCUUUGACGGACACACCCUUUUUCGUCGGGUGCAAAAAAAGUCAGACACGCCAGGAGAAAUCUGGUACCAAAGACUCGUGCAAGGUGCCAGUUCACGUGGAAGCGAGGGCUUCUGCUGAAAUAAAUAACAUUGUCACGUGCGCAUACGGCCAGAAGAGCAAUGAGAAGGCCGUGCAGGUCGAGCUAACAGCAGAUCAAAGGUCAGUUACCAUCAACUGCGGCAGUGUCGGUUCUCCGAUGCCCGCGGACCCGACCACCCAGUACUGCGAACCCGGUGAUGCAGAAUCGGGUACCUGCAAGGGUAAGAACUACGUCGACGUUCUGCCGAAGUUUGAGGCGAGUUGGGUAAAGCAUGACGGCCAGACACAUUCUGUUACCCUUACGAUCCCAGAAGACGGGUUUCCCUCGAAGGAUGAGAAGAUCCGUCUGGGAUGUGUCCCCACAAAAUCGGGAAAGACUACGUAUCCGGAGACUUCUGAUGAGUUUGGUGUGACAACAACAAACUGUCAUGUUAUCGUGACAGUCAAAGCAACGAGCUCCGCCUCGUCUGCGACAUCCUCUCUGCCAGUUGCGGCUGUUGCCUCCGGCGCUGUUGUUGUGACAGGGCUUCUGGCAGGUUCCCUUUAGGCGGACUCGGUGGGCUAGAGGUUUUGUUAAGAAUUCCACGGUUUCAAAUGCGCGAGAGUGCCGCUGCACAGUUCCCCUUGAAUCCUGUGUCCGUCGGUGUGUUAGCGUUUCCCGACCCCCGUAGGGUGCCACAGUCUGUGAAGCUCAGCAACACAGGCAGACGCGAUAAAUGUGAGUUCAUGCCAGUAAUAUGCCUGUAUUGUUAUUAACUGGAGGUUCUACCUGAUAUUUUCUUGGCAGUGAAAGGCUGGUUACUGUCAGCAUGCGUGGCUGUAUAUCAGAGGUUACACACAACGCAUGGACGUAUCUGACAUCGAUUGAUGCGGAAACGCGUUCCUCGCCAUUUGAAGGAGUGAUAUUAAUUGCUUCUUACCCCUGAACUGUUGUUCAGGCAUGCUAUAAUGAAUGAUGCAAGAAAUUCCUUGCAUGCAAUGCGAGACGGCAGGCUCCCAAUGGGUUCCGUAGACUGCGCG